AUGGCAGAAGAUUUUGACUACGUCAUGUGGAUCGACUCUGAUCUCGUUUCUUAUCCUCCAGAUUUGCCCAGCAAGUUGAUACGAUCGAACCCGCAUGGAAUGACUGCUCCUCUUGUGCUUCUGGAGGAGCCGGGACCGUUGGGGACAGACCAGUUCUAUGACACAACUGCCUUCGUGCUAGAGAGCACCCUGCAUCCUUCGAACCCCACACCCUAUCUUGAGGGAAGAAAUGUUGACAGGGUUGGAACGAUCUACAUAGUUGCUGCCGACAUCUAUUCUGAAGGAAUGGUAUUGUAUGAAGAUCACCCAGCUUUUACCGAGCAUUUCUCAAUUGCUGCACAUGCUCGGAGGAUGGGACGGCCAGUGCUCAUGUACAAUGGAGCGGUUGCAAGACAUGCGAAUCUCCUUCUCUACGGAGAAACUUUCCAUGACAACUCCAACGCGAAAACGCAAUUUCGAAGCUUCAAACAUGACGUGCCCUCUGACCUGUCGGAUCGAUGGAAGAACAAAGUCACCUUAGCAUACUGUGACAAACUUGGACGCCUUCCAGAUGAAGAUGGAUUGACGCACAACGUCGAGGUAGCUUGCUAUGUUUGA